CAGCCUGACGCUUUUGCUAACCUCACUUUAUGGAUUUGUAUACGUUUCCGCUUUGGUGGAAUAUGUACACGUAAACAUGAAUUGUUGGAGAGAUUAGAGGGAUUUAGCGCUGGUAUUUAAUGAAUAAUCUUCACACAAGCUUUGAAGACGUGGUGGAGCUUCGAUGCCGAGCGAUCGCGUUUGUCUACGACACAAUUUGCCAGCAAAGUAGCCUCCAGUAGCUGUUUGCCAUUUUGAGACAAGCUGAUUGGAGUUUGAAGACCUUUCGAGACCCCAUUGAUUCUAUUGAUAGCCACUGGACUUGAAGCGGCGAAAAUGGUAGUGAAGAGUAUAUGCUGUUUGGGGGCGGGCUACGUAGGGGGGCCCACUUGCAGUGUAAUCGCCCUAAAGUGCCCUGAAAUCAAGGUGACGGUCGUCGACAAGAGCAAGGAAAGGAUCGCCCAGUGGAACAGCGAUAAGCUGCCAAUCUACGAGCCGGGUCUGGACGAAGUGGUGAAGGCGUCAAGAGGUAAGAACCUGUUUUUUUCCGAUGACUGCGAUGCGGCCAUAGUGGAGGCGGACCUGAUUUUCAUCUCAGUUAACACUCCAACCAAGACGUUUGGGAAUGGAAAAGGCAGAGCCCCCGAUUUGAAGUUCGUGGAAGGGGCUGCGCGAAUGAUUGCCAAUGUGGCCAAAAGUAACAAAAUUGUUGUGGAAAAGAGCACUGUUCCCGUAAAUGCUGCCGAGAGUGUCAUGAAGAUUUUGAAGGCCAAUCAGCGACCUGGAGUGUCUUAUCAGAUCCUAAGCAAUCCCGAGUUUCUUGCCGAAGGCACUGCGAUAAAUGACCUGCUGAAUGCGGACAGAGUGCUGAUAGGCGGAGAGGAAACAGCCGCAGGCGAAGCUGCUAUUGAGGAGCUUUGCAAGAUCUACGAGCACUGGAUUCCACGCAAGAAAAUCUUGACCACGAACACUUGGUCCAGUGAAUUAUCUAAGUUGGCCGCUAAUGCUAUGCUAGCGCAGAGGAUUUCCAGCAUCAAUUCCUUGUCAGCAGUUUGCGAAGCAACCGGCGCUGAUAUUACUGAAGUAGCCAGAGCGGUUGGGCUGGACUCACGAAUCGGCCCCAAGUUCUUGCAGGCCUCCAUUGGUUUCGGUGGGAGCUGUUUCCAAAAGGACAUUCUCAACUUGGUGUAUAUCUGCGAGUGUCUCAAUCUGCCCCACGUGGCAGCGUAUUGGCAGAGCGUGAUCGACAUGAACCAGCACCAAAAGCACCGAUUCACCGCCAAGGUGAUCGAAAGCCUAUUUAACACCGUCAGUGGCAAGAACAUUUGCAUUUUGGGAUUCGCCUUUAAAAAGAACACCGGCGACACCAGAGAGAGUGCCGCGAUUUACGUAUCAAAAACUCUAAUAGACGAGGGUGCUUCCAUCAAGAUCUACGAUCCAAAGGUAGAAAAACCUCAAAUCUACGAAGACUUAAAGUAUGUGGGGGUGACCGAUGAGCAGUUCCAAAGGCACGUAACUAUUUGCAACGACGCCUAUUUAGCCACUAAGGAGUGCCAUGCGGUGGUUCUUUGUACCGAAUGGGACGAGUUUGUGACCUUGGACUACGAGAAAAUUUAUGACCAAAUGAUGAAGCCCGCCCAUAUGUUCGACGGCCGCAAAAUUCUGGACCAUAACAACCUGUUAAGGAUCGGCUUCCAUGUGGAAACCAUCGGCAGCCGUCUCGGGCAGCCGUUUAAGAACCGACGCUACAGCAUCAACCCGCAAGUUGUAUAAGGUUUUCAGGCUACACAAUUUGUGCAAUACAGUGAAAAAUGUCAUUAAUAAACCCGCUUGGUCAACAUCUGAACUCUAUGAAGCAGUGCAGGCAUUUAAGUAUAUUCUUCCGGUUUUCAACAGUGAAGCGUUUUAUUGAUGACGUUUUUGCUACUGCAACAACCUGGACGUUGAGUGCCAGUAAUACCCAAGUGCUAUUGCCCAGUUCUAUUAUUAAGACACUAUUUUAAAAAGUAUUAUUAAUUAAGCUGACAUGCACGUGCACGUGCAAGACCAUUGAAUGCGAUUUGAAGAUUUUCAAAUCCAAUUCAAAUGAACCAAUAAAUAUUAUUUGACCAGAA